CAUAAUUGACAUCACUGUCAAACUUUGCGAAACACUUUUUGGAUGCAUUGGUGAAAACGGAGAAGGUAUAAAGCGUCAAGAAAUUAAUCUUGAUCCUGUAUCUCUAUGGUACACAUUAUUUACGUGUUUGUUUUCAGUUAUAAACAACUUACGAUAAUAUCUAACAACGAUUACUGUAAACAGCCGUAAAAUGACGGCGUCGUCCACCCUCGAUCCUAAAUUACGAAAUCGACUAACAAGAUAUCUACAUACUGGAAAUGAAAUUCCAAGAUACUAUCCGGGAUGUUGGACGACACAUAAAUAUUAUGAACUGGAUAAAUUACCGGCAUUGAAUGAAGUCUUUGAAACCGAUCCUAACAAUGUAGAAGUUGUUAACAUCAUCUUGAAGGCUUAUGAAAAUGGCUGGUACACACGUUUCGAAACUAUAGCAUUUGCUUUGACAAAGUGCAUACUUUUGGGUUCAUGUGCUGUCAAGGAAGCUUCUUACAAAGCGGCCUCUCAAGUAUGCAAGACUCCAGAAGAAAUGUUGCAAUUUAAUAAGUUUACAAGGCUCUUGCACACUGGUAAUGGAAGAGGCUGGUGCAAACAUGUGUGGGAGUGGUACACAUCCAAGGAUCCCAUAGAGCUUGCAAAGGAAAUGACCAGAGUCCGUGCAAGACAUGGCCGAUCGCAUAAAACUCUGUUGCGUAAAUCACAUUUAAAGAUUGCUGAAAAUGAUCAUGCAAGAGAAGCAGUAGUGAAGUAUGCACUUUUUGGUCUGAAACGCGCAAAACAACUAUUGGGUGAAGUUGAGGGCACUAAGGAAGUAUUUGAUUACAUCCAGAAAGUUGAGGAUAUGCGUCACUGCGAGGAUCCAGUGGCAGCAGCAAUUAUGGCUGAACAAAAUAACUUCACUUUGGAUCAUGUCCCAGGACAUCUCCUCACAUCACAAGAGGUAUGGAAUGCUAUAUUGCCACAAUUCAAACUACAAGACCUGUUGUUUAACAUCCAACGCAUCCACAACAUGGGUUUCCUGAACAGUGAAUCAACCACAACGGCCAUUUUGGUCUCCCUGCUCAACAAUCAAGACACUAUAAAAAAAUCAACAGUUACUCCGAUCGAAGUUUAUAUCACUCUAUGCAACUAUAAGAAGAAAACCAGACCUCUAAAGUUCGAGAAGGCGAAGGUAGCCCUGGAAAAGCAACAACGCCGUCGCGCUCGACAGAUAUUCGACUGCAAGACUCAGCUAUGGGAAUGGACUGUCACCCGCCGACACCCUAAAGAAGUGAAAAAUUGGGGAAUCGAUCAGCCACCCAACCCGGCUGUAUUGGCUGCACUCAACAAGCUCAUCGACCAGACUUGGACCCUCACUCCCGCUACUAAAGCUCGCUAUUUGAUCACUUUGGACAUGAGACACCACAUGUUUAAAGGUCGCCAUUUCUGCAAAAACUACACGAUUCCCAAGAAGGGUAAGAAGACAACGACCAAGAGUACGCCCGCCACCGGCGGCGGCGACGCCGACAACGAGAAGACCGAGAGCAAGAAGCAUUUGUUCGCUGAGUGCUUUUAUAAUAAACACGUCACUCCUGGACACGCUGCUAUUAUCCUGGCACUGCAGCUGCUGAAGCGCGAACAAGAAGCUAAGAUCGCCGUAUUCACUGAAGAAGGCAUUGAUCUUGUGUCCAUUGAACGUAACUUCAGCAACAUUGAGGAAGCCGAAUUUGUUCUCAGGAAAGCCAAUCUAGGCCGUGUCCAAAUGGACGCUCCGAUCGAAUGGGCGAGCAAGAUGAACAUGAAAUUCGAUGUGUUCAUCAACAUGAUCGACCGUUGCACUCGUUACAUGGAGCUGGACCUCACGGCCCGUGGGGGGCGAGGCCCCGGCGGGCGCUAUGGUCCGCCGCCGCCCGCUGACAAGGAGAUCAUAGAUCACUGCCCCGUUAGGGCCCUGGAGCGCUAUCGGGCAAAAAUGGGCGUGCCGAAGGCGAAGCUGAUCGUGUUGUCCCUCGCGUCGCACCGCGUGGGCACCACGGACGGGUGCCACGAGGGCGUGCUCGACAUCGUGGGCAUCGACGAGCACGUGCCCAAGGUCAUGGACGCGUUCGUGCGCGGCGAGUUUCAGUGAGCGCGGCAACGGUGCGCCCGUAUGCGUUCGCGUUCGCGUGAGAUGAUUUUGUGCUUUGUGUUUUCGUAUUUAUGCUUUAGAAUGCAAUUGUGUAGAGGUUAUCGCGUUAUUCGAGCGUUUUUAGACUUUUUUUUUUUAUUUGGAAAAACAAUAGUUAAUAUUAAUGUUUAUAUGUUGCAAGAGCACUUUCAGCAAGAUCUCCGUUUGAAUCGUAUGAAUUGUUAGAAUAGUAUGUUGAGGAGAAAAUUUUUAAUUCUUCACAUAUAAAUAAAAUCAUUGGAAAGUUUCGUUGCAAGCUCUACUUGGAAGUAGUUCAUUCUUGUAUAUCGAUUUAUAAUCUUUUAAAGAUUAAAUUUACAUCGAAUCUGUUGGUUACUACAAAGCUUUAAAUGUUAAUUGUCUGAACCGGCUUCAACAUAAUAAAUAUGCGCUCUAUGUUUUGAGAUAUUAUUAUACAUAAAAAACGAACCGUAAAAAGAGCGUACAAAAUCGUCUCACGAGAACGCCGCGCUGUAAAUGUGAUCAAGAUAACAAUGGGACGACAAUUUAAAUUUUAGGUAUUUUGUCGCAUAAUUACAUGGCAAAAUACCAAAUUACCAAAACGCAAAAACAUUAUUUCUUAUUUUCCAGCGAUAAUAUAAUAUAUUUAUAAUCAUGUUGAAAAUCCAACUACCUUUUGUUUAAUAGUCCUAUUGUUGUUUUGAUCGUAUUAUUUUUAAUUGCGACACUUAUGUAACGUAGAAAUUAAAGCAUCUCUUAUACCCACUGACUUUUAUUAUGCUUCUACGCUGAACUUGCUAAACACCUAAACAAAUGAAUUUUAGUCUUUGUUUUCCUUACUAAUUGCGCUUUUUUGGGUUUUUGUGCAAAUUGCCUUAAAUACAACCAGCAGUUUUUUUAUUUACAUGAACAAGUCUUAUUUAUAAAGACACGAUUUUUAAAGUAACUAGCAAGUUUAGCGUAUUAUUAUAAUUGAAGUCAGUGAUUUACCUCAGUAUUUUCGUUCUACUAUUGUUUAUAAAACACAUCACAAAGUCGGGUAAACCAUAUUGAACAUUUUUUUAAUUAUUUCGUAAUUGGCGUGUUUUUUUAUACCAUUCCACUAUUAAAGUAUCACAUUGAAUAUAGCUCACCCGAAUUUGUGAAGCAAAUAUACCAUACCGCAAUGUGUUCCGAACCUCAGUCAUAAAAGUACAUAAUAUUUUGAUAAAUUGCUUGUUUGAAUUUUCGGUUUGAGAGUGAAAUUUAUAAAAUCAAUGGUUAAUUUUUACGACCGGUUUCUAUAUUCAAUCUAUGUAAAAAAUUCUGACAUGGUUUUAUUUGUUUUGUCUGACAUAAUAGUCAAGGCAAGUCUUGGAUCUAAAUAUCAAUGAAAUAUAGAAACCAGUCCUGUGUGGUUCGGUCACAACGUUACGAAUGAAAUAUCGACCUUAAAAUGUUGGUAGUUUUAUAGAAUGUUGGGUUCUUUUAUCGAGAUAUUUUUCAUGGUUUUGUUCUGUAUUUAAAUUAAUAAACAAGACCACCCUAGUUGCAAAAAAGAUAUAAAACCAUUAAAAUACAUUUAAAUGCAAAUACCUGCAGUAAGAUUAGUAACAUUAUAUUUUCUUAGUUAUCUACUGUCUGUAUACGUAAAAGGGGAUAGUUUGGAUAAAACGAUUUUUAUGAAAUAUUAUUCUAAAAUAAAAACCUAACAUUCGUAAUAUUUUAAUUGUAGUUCUGGACCAUUGAAUAAAAUAUAUUCUCAGUAAACAAUGGUUGUAUCUUCCUAGUUAACGUUUGGAUCUCUAUUUGAAACCUGGUUUGGCAGGCCUUAAGUUUUUGUUUAUUAUUAUUAUUAUUAAUUAUUUUGCAUAUGAAUUAAGUGGAAAUAAACCAUAUCUAAGCUUUGAAUACUUAUGUUUUAUAACGUUUUUUUUUGUACGACUCAAGUCGAUAGUUGUUGCGUUUCGCUUUGAUAUGGAAGCUUUUAUUAUAGCUUAAUAAGCAUAAUCGUUAUAAGGGUAAACGUAUAUUGUUAUGAUAUCUCUAACCCUAGCAUAGGCGGUCAAUUUAGCCCUUAAAGCGUCUCUCAGUGGACGCGGGGCUAGUUUGUAUUGAUAUUAUAAGCUCAGUAUAUUUGUAGCUUGAUAUGUAACAGGGUCUUUUUGGUGAAACAAAAAUUUCGGCACCUGGCGCUCACUACAAUCACGGCUAUGUGUUCAAUACAGUAAAUAGUGACGGAGGUGACAAUAGGUGAAAUUACUUUUAUUUCAGAUUAUAAAAGAAAAUAUUUCCGUGAACCAACCGUCAUGUUACUUCCGACCGAUACAUUUGGACGCCAGUACGCCUGUAGUUAACGAGUUUAAAUUUUAUUUAUAUUUUAUACAAUUAACUAAAGUGAUGUUGGAUGACACUCUUUCCUAAUUGCCAAAGCAUAAUAUGCAUUUUUAUUAUCUAGUUUCUGUACUGGCCUUCAAUUGUUCGUAUGUAGCUGUAGUAGAUAAUACUAGCAUAUCUUUGGUCUUUUAGGCUAAUAGAAAACUGGUACAUGCUCAUGUGUUUUUAAAGUCAAUAAAAUGAAUCGCAUCCGAUAGUGAUAUAGAAAUAUUGUUAUGGGCAAGUAUCAGAUUUUCAAACUGUGUGUAGUUAAUAGGUGAAUCCGUUUCAAUAUUGGUUACUUUUGUACUGAUAAGAACGGAAUUUUCAGAAUCUGUGAUCACUUGGUACUCUCUCGGGUUUAAGUAUUUUUUAUAACCGUAAUGUUGAAAAUUUAGAAAGCUCGAAAUUACUAGUUACUCUAUUUAUUGUGUAUGUUGUUUUGUUAUGGGAUACUUUAUAUACUAAUGUUUUAGUAAUACGCUAACAGAUCAGCGCAUUGUUUAUUUAUUUUCUAACUAUAAAAUAUGUUACUGCUUCAUUUAUUUUGCAAUGCAGUAAGCAUUAGACUGUGACAAUUGUCAGCCGUUUUCAUUUUCUGUUUUUUAUUAUUGCCUUAGUAAAACGAAAAACAUUUUCGUUGUAUAAAAUAGUUUACUGUGAUUAUGAUGCCUUCGCAACUCUGCAAAAGUUGUUUAUGGAAUAUUACGGGAAUUCAUGAAACGAAAUUUAAUACAACAAAUGUGAAGUAGAAAUAACAAGUUAUAAAUGUACUCUCACUAUAUUUUCGUACAUAUCACGGAACCAUUCAAUUAUCUGUCUACAAAGAAAAUUAUGAUGGUAAUUUAUAUUGGUACUCAUAAGUUACAGAUGACUUUCAAUUAACGAAAGAAGUAAGUUUCUAAUAAUAAUCGAUAUAUUGGUAACUGAUUUAUUUCUUUUGACAUACUCGUUCCUAUUUUGGCUUAAAUGAAAUCAGUGACUGAGGAAUUAGAAAGACUGCUACAAAUUCCCCAUCCAUAGCCAAAUAAUAUGCCCACUGUUGAAACUAUGGUAUCACAACAAUCUUUUAAGUAACAGUCCGUCCCAUUCGAAAAUAUUUUAAGUUGCACUCGGCUUUAGUUCAUAAUAAUAUUUUGUUUAAUCAUUCACAGCAGCAUAUAUUUGCACUUGAUGAAUAACGGAAUGUAAUAACAUUUCAAAAAUGUACAUGCAUGUUUGUUUUUCAUGUUAAAUAAACUUAUCAAUAUCG